UUCUGUCUUUUGUUCUGUGUGGUCACCGUGUGGUCAUUGUGCUAUUAUUUUAUUAAUUUGACAGUAUAUAUAUAUCUUAAAACAGUUACUAGGCUACUUGGUCCUAUCCAGUUGAAUAGCAGGCUUGGAGUGCUAGGAUAACUAGCUAGCAGGAAGCUACCAAAUUUCUUCAAGUUAGCAGUCCAAACGUAUUGUUGAAACACAUGUCUUCGGAUGUGGUAGAUGUUGAUGACGAGGAUGUGGAGUUUGUAUCCGAGGGUCCUCUCAGGCCAGUGGUGGACUUCAUUGACCUAUCCAGUGAUGAUGAUGGUGAUGAUAACAAAACACCUCCCGAGACUACGGAGGAUGAGGUUGACAAGCACAAAGCUCAGGUCACUUCGACUUUGGACAGACUUGCCCGGCAAGUUGCUGCAGAAAAACAAGAGAGAGCUGACAAGUGCAAGGCCUUCAAGAGAAAGGUGAUCUCACAGCAGGCCCAUGGCAGACAAGAACUGGCAGUCAGUCACAAUAAUGGAGAGACUUACGAUGCCAAGCGUUGUGUGGAUAUGUGGUUAAAGAUGCCAGGAGUAAAGCCUGGAGUUAUUAACAGUGGUACCGGCUGGAGAAGACAGUCUGCAGCCUCAGCUGCAAUGUUCAAGUCCAGUCCUCAGACCUGCCCCGUAGUCAACUGUGGCCGUGUGUACGAGAACAAAGCUCUUCUGGAGGGACACCUCAUAAGGUUUGACCACUCUCCGUGUGACCCCAACAUCUCGCUAAAGGGGCACCCCUCAGUUCUGUAUGCUUGUGUUGCCUGUGGUUGGCAUUUUGACACCAAAGAUUCGUGGAGGGCGCAUCAGCUGUCUAAGAUGACCUCUUCUAAUCCCGGGAGUCAUGGAAGCUCUCAGACCUGUCAGCAAAUUGUGUGCUUUGCUUGUCCAUCUUGCUGCCUCCUCUUCAACAUCAGGGAUGAGUGCCUUCAGCAUAUGGCGGAGAAAGACCACUUCUCGGAGUGCAUUAAAGGCUUUGCUUCAAAAAGUGUAGCCACACCAAUACCUGUCCCCCGCUACGCCAAGAACCGCCUCAUAGCCCUGUGCAAAGAGGUGGGUUUCAGUGUCCGAUGCUCAGGUUGCCAAAAACGUCUGCCUUCACACAUGGAGGCCCGUGCACAUUUCAAUGUGAAUUGCAGAAAUGCGACAGCUGUAGCGGUAGCAGAACAGAAUGUAGCCGAGGUGAUGCAGCUGCUUAUCAUGCAAGGCCGCUGCACCAUCUGCCCCACGAUCUUCCACAACCAAGAUCAGAUUGAGGAGCAUAAGCAGCAGACUCAACACACGGUGGAGCUGACUGGCAGCAUGGAGAAGGCCAUCCUGCAUUACAGCGAUUUCCAGGAGAGACAGAUAUCCAACAGGGCACCAGCUGCAACAUCAUCACCAGGACCCUCCAAACGAGCCUUGGGGCAAACAGACUCUCCCCGGCUGAGAGGCAGCCAGUUCUCUAUUGGCUCCCCCGCCAAGAGGAAGAGGCCGGGUACCAUUCAUGACAAUGGCAAAUCUGGUUGUGGCAUGACUACGGUGUGGUACUGCGAGUGCAGCCUGCGCUUCCCUGCUGAGGCGCUAGCGAGCAAACACCUGCUGGCAGCCAACCAGAUCUUUCACAAGUGCGGCGUGUGUGGCAAGUUGAUGGGGGAGUCGUCCAUUACACGACUGCACAUGAGUCGCUUCCACGGCGGCGCCCACCUCUCCAACUUCCUGCUGCACUGCCGGAAGUGCCGGGUCGACAUGCCUCGCAUGGAGGACAUCAUGGCUCACGUCGGCACCACACACCAGGGUCACACUUUUUACCAGGAGAAGGAGGAGGAAGUGACGGCCAGUGCACCCAGUGCAGACCCGUCGGCUAAAGCGUCCACCAGCACAGGGGGACCGGGGACAGGACCGGGACCAAGGCAAGCGUCUCCCAAAAAGCAGAAGUGGUUGUGCCGGAUGUGCGAGGACCUGUUCGACUCUGAGGCAGCGGCGGCCGAGCAUUGCGGGGACCUGACGGCUCACAGCUUCCAGAAGUUCGCCUGCGCCCACUGCCCCCAGAAGUUCUUCAAGGAGGCCACGCUGCGCCGCCACUGCCACAUGGAGCACGAGGGCCAGGAGGCCACCACGCGCUUCUUCUGCGGCCUCUGCGACAGCAUGCUUUACGACACCGAGCACGAUUUCCUCCAGCACUACAACAGCAUCCACAGCAAGGACUACUACUGUCUGGAGGCAGCCCAGCCCAGCACAUCCACCGCAAGUCAGCAGGCCUCAGAUCAGCUGGUCACCACCGAGACGGACGCGAACCCUGACCUCGACCGGCUAUGUCCCUGCAUGAGCGCUGACUUGCCCAAAGACCAGGCGAAAGCCACUUACACAAAGUGCAUGAAGCAGCUAGCAAACGCCCAGGAGUGCAGUUACUCCUGCAGCCUGUGUGACGAGCAGGUGCUGUCCUACGCGCAGAUCAAGACACACGUGCACACGAAGCAUGGCGUGCUGAAGCAGGCGAAGGCCUUUAUGGUAGUGUGCGGGGCAUGCUCGGAGAAACAUGAAGCUGUACCUGCCUUCCACAGCCACUACCACUCUCAACACUGCCCCCUGGAGCCCUGUGUGAGCUCCCGCAGCUGUGACCAGAGGGCCGAGGCCUCAACCAGCACCAAGAUACUGCAUGCUGAGGAGAUCUGCCCAGAAAAGCAUGGCAAGUGUCUUUCAACAACUGACAUCCACAUGGAAGAAUGUGAAGACGUGAAGCAGGUCAUGUCAAUGGUGUCGUCUGUAAAAGAAGACAAGAAAUCGGAAGAGGAUGAGUCCGAUGAGGACCUGAAACGUGCCCUGGCCUUAAGUGAGGAGGAAUCAAAGAAGCCCACAGUCUUUGAUAAUGAAAUGGAGGAAGCUUUAAGAAGAAGUCUGGAAGAGUUCUAAUAUUGCGAGGACCCCACAUGAUUUAUUUUUUGUUGUUCUUUAUAUUUGUUGUUGUCUGAAACAUACACACAGGUAUGUGUAUGGGUUAUGUUUGGUUGUAUGUAAGUUAUUUUGAAUAAAACAGGAAUGCUUUA